AUCAUGUUUUCCGUUCUUGUUCAAUGUUAACAGUCAUUGUAUGGCUAUUUACAUCAUACAUGUUAAAGGAUCGUCACAUUUCAUUUCUUUCACUAUUUUACUUAUAUUAUUUUUGUUUUACAAAGGUAAGAAACAUUUUUGUAUGUUGCUUUCUUCAAUCUUACUAUAAAAAUUUAUUUUCAUGAAUUUGUGUUUUAAUUAUUUGCUUUCCAUUUAUUUACUAGAUGACUGAGCCCAAAAGAUGUAUACACUUGCAACUAAUUACAGCACACAUUGAUCAUACGAUAGAUACAGGAAACGAUUUGGUCAAACGACUAACAGUGCAAUAUAAAUUUGACAGCAUCAGCUGAAUCUAAUAAAGCGGCUGGUUCUACAGCAGCUGUAAUCAUCGAGAAGAAAACGGCUUGAAUCAAUAUAAAUUAUCUCGGAAACCAUUUCUUAUGUAGUGUUACAAAUAUUUGCAUGGCUCUACACAAAAUUCCAUCACUAUUUCCAAUCAUACUGAGUAAUUCAACAAACAACGAUUCAGUGGCAUAGUUGAAAUAUAAAGACGACUAAGUAAGAUGUGAAAGUGCUUUCAAUAAAGUUUCAAUAAGGUUCCACCCACUUCUAUUUUAAUCAUAUUGGUAUACUGUGAUCAAAUUGAACUAUGAAUCCCUGUGAAAUGUCAGAACUUCCCAAUGUAACAGCAAACAAUUUCAGCGGGAAGUGCAAUGACUCUUAUGGUGGAAAUUUUACACAUGUACUAGAUGACUGGAAGCAGGAGCAGUUCGGUGGAUAUCCUGUCGUGUAUCCAAUUACAAUAUAUCACUUAUAUCCAGUGAUAGUGUUUGGAAGGAUUUUACAUAUAUUGUGGUACGUUAUUGGAUUCGUUGGAAAUUUUAUUUCUUUGAAAAUCUGGUCACUGACAAGAAUGAAACGUUUGAAUUCAUCCGCUCUCUAUCUUGUUGGCAUUACAAUAUAUGAUAUUUGGUACCAGAUUUUACACAUAUUCUUUUACCUGAAAUAUUUCUGGGGGCUACCGUCGUUAGGCGUAGCGGGGCUAUGUCAAAUCUGGAUGGUACUAAAUGUUGUCCCGCAAUACGCUAAUCAGUUACUAGUUCUCGGCUUCACGAUAGAAAGAUUUAUUUCGAUUAUAGUUCCCUUUAAAGGCGAGAGAUUUAGCAAACGGCAAAGGGCGCCAGCAGUGAUAACUAGUAUCACUGUUUUUGUAUUUUUCUUAGCAGCUCCACAAGCUUAUUUUUGGAGAGUGGAUUCCUCUGGAUUUUGUGAAAUGAAGUCAGGAGAGAAAAUUCUUAGUUUUUACACAAUAUGGUCAUUUGCAACAGAAAGUAUAAUAUUCUUCGUUAUUCCUGUUGUCACUUUACUACUUAAUGUUUUUGUGAUCAAAGAAGCCUACAACUCUUUGAACAGACGGGAAAAUUUAGACAUGAAAGCUCAGUCAUCUUCUAGGAUUCACACAAAAGGUAAAAACUAUAAACCGGCGACGAAGACUUUAUUGUGUAUUUCGUUUUUCAGAAUCCUUACUAAUCUGCCUGUAUCUAUAACAUAUACAAUGCAAAAUCUGGAAGCUUUUUCCUUUGGAAGACUGAUGCCCCUAGAGGAAAUGUCAUCGGAUCAUCAAUGGAGAAAUUUCAUUCUUUACUGGGGAGCAAGAGUAAUAAUUGAAGUAAUAGGAGCGUCACAUCAUGCUCUCAGCAUUUUCAUUUUUUAUGCAUCAACGAAACAGUUUAGAAAUGAAAUAGGCUACAUUUUUACCGAAGUUAAGCGUUUCAUAUCAAGGUCGUCAGUUCGGCAUGGUCGUUCAUCAGCAACCCCGUCGGACUUGCGGUACUCAACUAGUAUAUACAUGUAUAAAGUCACUGCCAAUCAUGAUAUGCAUACAUAAUGCAUGACAGAGUUUAAGCUAUGCAUACUGCAGUAACUAAAAAUGAAAUGUUUUAAAGAAGUCUACACAACAAAGAAUGUUGUCGUCCAGAAAAUAUCAUCAUGUCAUCUGAUUAUAUUACAGAACAAUGCAGUAUUUGACGGAAUCAGACUCUUCUUGCUGAAAACUGAAAACCAAACAAGUAUAUUACGUUACUUAAACAGAGGAAAUUAUUUUGAUAUUAGAAAAGGAAGGAAUGUGUUGGUACAUGCUAUGACAUUGACGGUGUUGUAUUUAAAUGUAGGAAUUUUUUACGACACUGAUAUUUCUCCGUUCCCGAUACAUUUGUGAUUUCUCAUUUAAAUGCAUUAGGAUUACAGCUGAUUUCGUCGGGGAGAUUUCAUUGCCCAGUUUCUUUUCUUUUCCUAUUUAGUAUACGACUGUCAGAACAGUUCAACGCACUGGAAUACGUCUUGGAGUAGACAUAAAAUUCCAGUCGGAAAGUUCAACAAAUAUUCAACAUUUUAUAUUUAGGGAACAAAGGUAAUCAGUUUGUAUGUAAAAUAAGCAAUAUCAAUAUUAGAAAAUAAAUAGUCAAAGAAUAAAAAAAAUAUAU